AUGUCAUAUAAGAGGCACCAGAACCACCAGAGCACAGUGUUUACUGUUUCCAGUGUACAGAUACUGUCGUGGCUGCACCUGCUCAUGGCCGCACUCUAUACCCAGGCUACCAGCAACUACAGCAUGAACUCUGUUUCUAUUAUUACUCACGUUUGUUUCAUUUUCUCUCCUUUCCCUCUUACUUCCCUUCUGUGCCCCUCUCUAUUCCUCUAUUCUUCAUUCUCUAUUUUGUCCUCUUUUGUUCUGUUCUGUCCUCCACUCCCGUCUUCUCUCCAGGUGCCACCUUGUACAAAGAUCCCUGACAUGCUCUUGCGGUACUUCCUGUCACCGUCUUAUGGCAUCGAGUUCUGCAUUGGUUUUCCUGGCAACUUUGUGGUUGUACUUGGUUACAUAUUUUGUUUGCAGCAGUGGCAGAGCUGCAACAUUUACCUCUUCAGCCUGGCAGUCUCCGACCUAAUUUUCCUCUGCACACUGCCACGUCUCGCAUACCUCUAUGCGAACGACCAAUCAGAAACCAGUCCCUAUGCUUGCAUUAUCAACCGCUAUGUUUUGCAUGUAAAUCUUUACUCUUCCAUCCUGUUUAUGGUUUUGCUAAGCAUGGACCGCUUCCUGCUCAUAAGAUAUCCAACACGGAACCACUACCUGCUGAGACCACAAUCAGCCUUGACCGUAACAGGGCUGAGCUGGCUAGCUGUCAAUGUGGAAGUUGCUCCAAUGAUAUCACUAAUGAUUGAUGACCUCCAGGGUGGAAACUGGAGUCGCUGCAGGGAUUUUGCCAGCUUGGAAGGAAACAUCAAUACAUUGGGCUACAGCCUGGGACUAACCCUGAUUGGUUACCUUCUCCCUGUGCUUGGACUUUGUGGUUUCUCCUACCAAAUUGCACAUCUGCUCCGUGUCCAGGAAAGGGCUGUCCAGAACAGGACAACAUCAUACAAGCGGCCUUUGAGGGUUGUUGUAAUGGCUGCAGUACUUUUUGUGGUUCUCUACACUCCAUUCCAUGUGCUGCGAAAUGUCAGAAUAGCAUCUAAUGAGGCCUGGGCAGGGCUUUGUACAAAGAUGUACAUACAGGGCCUGUACAUUCUGACCCGACCGUGGGCCUAUUUGCACAGUGUCAUCGGCCCUGUCUUCUACUUCCUCAUGGGUGACAAGUUCAGAGAGCUCCUAUUUGCCAAGAUCAGAAAGCUGGGCAGAAUGAAAGAGCAGCAAAGAGGGCAGACUGAAAACAGUUUACACAUAUCCUUAUGAGACACAGAUCAACAAUAGUGCAACCAAACACAUGAACCAGUUCUAUCUUUACAUGUAUUUUCUUAGUUUAAUAAUUUACUUUAUUUCUGCUGUGUUUUCAUUACAUCCACCCAUGGAGGUUUCGGUGCGGUUUGUCCGUUUGUUGGUUUGUUUGUUUGUCAGCAGGAUUAUGUAAAAACUACUGGCACGGUUUUAUGAAACUUGGUGGAAGGGUGUAGCAAAAAAGCCAAAGAAAAACACAUUUAAUUUUGGAGCGGAUCUGAAUCACGGGGCAUUUGUGUUGCAUUCAUGUGGUGUCGGAAUAAUUUUACGUGGUGACCAUUUCCACGUAUAUCACAAUAUGGGCAUAACUCUCACUGUACUGUGAUGUUGUUCCACUUUUCUGCUUUAAAUGCAAAAUAAUGCUGACAUUUUCACCCAGUAAAAGCCUUUUUUACUACUAACGUUAAAGGCAGUGAUAAUGAAGCUGUAGCUCUGGUUUCACUCAAGAACAGAAUGGUGUUGUGUGAGGUUCGUGAAGUGUUCUCAUGUGUCCGCAUGUGCAUAGUAGUAUAUCGUUCUUUAUUUUAAGAUUUAAUCCUGCUAAUAAGCCCCAUUUUUCCAAAAUGUAUCGGUAAUAUGAUUGUGUCUUUUUUGUUUGUAACUUUAUCUAAAUAGAGUUACUUUCCCAUGUAGUCUAUUCUCCCCAAGCCUGAUUAUAUGUGAUAGAAGACAUGUCUGGAUAUCCAUGAAGUGGUACUGAUGCAAAGUUAACUUUCAUGUUUACAAAGUAAAG